CAAGAAGCAGAGCCAUCCAUUACCGAAUCUCUCUCCCCUAUUCUUCUUUAUCUAUAUGGCCACAACUUUUUCCCUACGAUAGUGCAGCUAAAGCCUAAAAAGAAGUCAUCUAUCAUUGGAGUGCUCAGUUUCACUUCUCCCACCAUAUUCACUUUCACCUCUCACAGCAUAUAUAUAAACUUGUAUCAUCCAUUCAGAAUAAGUCACUUACUCCUAGAGCAACCAAAUAAGCAGAGAAAUUUUCAGCUUAAACUCUUAGAAAUUUCACCAGUUUGGCUUGUCCUAGUUUUGCUGGAAUCUGAUAACAUGUAGGCCUCUCUGAUCAUUAGUGCUACAAUAUCACUUUCUCCUGGGGCUCCGGAUUGUCGGGUCGAGGACUUCUCUGAGCAUCAUCAACAUUCUCCCUGAUGGUUCUUGUUCCAUCGAGUUUGGGGACUCAGGAUCCCGCAGUGGCAGCGGAUGUCGCGGCCGCAAGAGACAGAGAGACCCAGCUCUCCAAGUUCUCCCAAACACUUCAACAUCACCAACAACAACAGCAAGCAAGAGUGGCUUCUUCAGGCAAUGAAGAAGCCAACACGGCCGACCCUGAGAAGACUGUCGGCCAUGGAGAGAGGUCCCGGUGGCUCAUGACUGCCCCAGAGCCGCCGAGCGCAUGGCGAGAGGUUGCGGAUUAUCUGAGAGGGAUUGGUUUGCCUAGCGGGUGCAAGUUGUCUUCGCUGAACAAGAAGCCAGUGACCCAACGUGUGGCUUGUGUUCUCAAGGCAAUAUUUCCUGUUCUUCAAUGGUGCAGGAGCUAUAAAGCUACACAGUUCAAGAAUGAUCUGAUGUCUGGUCUUACUCUUGCUAGCCUCUGCAUCCCGCAGAGCAUUGGGUAUGCUACAUUAGCGAAGCUUGAUCCUCAGUAUGGUCUCUAUACUAGUGUUGUUCCUCCUCUUAUAUAUGCUGUGAUGGGGACUUCGAAGGAACUUGCCAUAGGACCCGUCGCGGUGGUUUCAAUGCUGAUUUCAUCAAUGGUUCCGCAAAUAGUCGAUCCUGGAGCUGAUCCGGCCCUUUACAGGAACCUUGUUUUCACUGCGACUUUCUUUGCCGGUGUCUUUCAAGCUGUUUCGGGACUCCUAAGGCUCGGAUUUCUGGUAGAUUUCCUCUCACAUGCAGCGCUUGUUGGUUUCAUGGCCGGUGCGGCCGUCGUAAUCGGUUUCCAGCAACUGAAAGGACUUCUUGGAAUCACUCAUUUUACGAACCGAACUGACGUUGUCUCGGUCAUGCAAUCUGUCUGGAGAUCAUUUCAUCACGACUCUUGGAAUCCUUACAAUUUCCUUCUUGGGAGUGCGUUCUUGAGCUUCAUCCUCAUUACCAGAUUCCUAGGAAGAAGAAACAGGAAGUUCUUCUGCUUGGCGACCAUUUCGCCUCUGAUCUCCGUGAUUUUGGCGACGGUCCUUGUGUAUGUCACGAGAGCGGACGAGCACGGAGUCAGAAUCAUCAAGCACAUCAAAGGAGGCCUGAACCCGAUCUCGGCUCAGCAAUUGCAAUUUGGCAGCCCUUACAUCGGUGAAGUCGCUAAAGUCGGUCUUAUCAUUGGUGCUGUCGCGCUCACUGAAGCCAUGGCGGUUGGUCGCUCUUUUGCUGCGAUAAAAGGUUAUCAUCUUGACGGAAACAAGGAAAUGGUGGCCAUGGGCUUCACCAACAUAAUUGGCUCAAUCACUUCUUGCUAUACAGCGACCGGUUCUUUCUCGCGCACUGCGGUGAAUUUCAGUGCCGGCUGUGAGACUCCAGUAUCGAAUAUUGUGAUGGCCAUUACGGUGCUGAUGGCAUUGGAACUGUUCACCAGACUUCUCUACUAUACUCCAAUUGCAAUCCUUGCAUCCAUCAUUCUUGUGGCUCUUCCGGGACUCAUUGAUCUACACGAAGCUUAUCAUAUCUGGAAAGUCGAUAAGAUGGACUUCCUUGCUUGCAUUGGCGCAUUCGUGGGCGUCCUGUUCGUAUCUGUAGAGAUUGGUCUACUAGUCGCGGUGACGGUGUCUUUUGUGAAGAUCAUACUCAUUUCAAUUCAACCAGGGAUUGAAACACUCGGACGCCUUCCGGGAACUGACACGUUCUGCAAUGUAGACCAAUACCCGAUGGCGAUUACGAUCCCGGGUGUGAUGGUCGUCCGCGUUAAGUCUUCCUUGCUUUGUUUCGCCAACGCCAAUUUCAUCAAGGAAAGGAUUAUGCAACGGAUCGGUCGAGAAGAUGAAGGGGAAAGCAAGAUUGAUGACUUCCAAUCCACUCAACUAAUCAUCCUUGAUUUGUCUAAUUUGAUGAGCAUUGACACAUCUGGGAUUGCUUCUCUGGAGGAACUGCACAAGAAUCUGGUUUCCCAUGGAGUUGAGAUGGCUAUUGUGAACCCUAAAUGGCAAGUCACUCACAAGCUCAGGCUAACCAAUUUGAUGAGCAAAAUUGGAGGGAAGGUCUUCUUGACCAUUAAGGAUGCAAUCGAUGCAUGCCCAAAUGCUAAACUUGCUUCCAUUUAAGAGCAUGUUGAGAGAUGCUACGUGCAUAUGCUUGCUUGCUUGUCUCCUCAAUUUGUAGUUUCCCUUCUAGGAUUAUAUAAAUAUAGCUGUGGAAUUUGAAUAAAGAGGAGACUAUCUUGUAAUAUACUAUGCUGUUCCUAGCAAGCCUGAAAAGUGUGAUAAGCGAAAGCGCUUGGGUUUGAUGUAUGUACUAAGGAUGUGUUCUUCUCUCGAUGUGAUGUAUGAAUAUUAUGUGUGUGCUUUGUGCUAUUAUUCUUCUCAAUAUAAAUCAAGAGAGAGUUUGCCUAA